CCGAUGGCGUAUCUCACUCAGCCGCUUUUCAUGUAUCGAAUUUAUCAAGCAUUUCUCUACCUAGUAUAAGUAGUAGAACAAGAAUCAACGUACUCCAACUUUGUCUUCAUUCAGUCGUCUCAUCACCCCUCAAAGCUCCCUUUUGUUUCCUUUUUAGAGCUCUGGACCGACUUGGAUUACUUUCUCUGUGCCGAAUAUUCGUUUCCAUGUCUUUUUUGUUGGGUGAAAUAAUAGAGCUUUGCCUAAGCAGAUGAAGCGGAUUUCAGAGGCUGAAAUGGGAGGGAAGCAGGCCGAAGCUUCGAACCCCAGGGACAGGGGCUCCUCUAUCUGGUGUUUUCUGGUUUUACUAAUCGGAGCUCUUGUAGUAACAGCAGCUGCACUCACGAUUUUAAAGUACUUGCAUUUUUCCAAGAACAAUGAAGCUCACCCCAUCAACAAGAAAUAUGCCGAUGCUCUUGAACUAGCUCUUCAAUUCUUUGACGUACAAAAAUCUGGCAAGUUAGUGGAUAAUAGGAUUCCUUGGAGAGGAGACUCGGGGCUGCAAGAUGGGAGUGAAGAGAAUUUGGAUUUAUCAAAAGGAAUGUAUGAUGCUGGGGAUGCAAUGAAAUUUGGAUUCCCAAUGGCAUUCACUGCCACAGUACUUUCAUGGUCGAUUCUUGAGUAUGGUGGUCAAAUGAAUGCUGUGAAGCAAAUCGGAUAUGCAUAUAAUUCUCUUAGGUGGAUCACAGAUUACCUUAUCAAUUCACAUCCUUCUGAGAACGUGCUUUAUUUCCAGGUGGGAGAUCCGGGAUUGGACCACAAAUGUUGGGAAAGACCUGAAACCAUGACAGAAAGAAGGCCUGUAACACAGGUUAAUACAUCUUUCCCCGGAACUGAAGUGGCGGCGGAAACAGCUGCUGCUCUGGCAUCGGCUUCUCUGGUUUUCAAGGAAAACGACCCUGAUUAUUCGAGUUCGCUCCUUACGCAUGCUAGGCAACUCUUCACUUUUGCUGAUACUUAUAGAGCUUCUUACAGCAUCAGUAUUCCUCAAGUGCAGGGAUUCUACAAUUCCACAGGAUAUGGAGAUGAACUGCUGUGGGCUGCUUCAUGGCUCUAUCAUGCUACACGAGACGAUUCGUACUUGAGAUACGUAACCGAGCUAAACGGGCAACGUUUUGCCAAUAUGGAGAUUACAACUUGGUUCAGUUGGGAUGACAAGCUUGCUGGAACUCAGGUCCUACUCUCCAGGAUAAUCUUUUUCGGUGCCAAAGACAUGCCGACCGUCGAGAACUUAGAUCUCCAAAUGUAUAGGAAAACAGCUGAGCUUGUCAUGUGUGGUCUUCUACCAGAUUCACCAACUGCCACAUCAAGAAGAACAGAUGGUGGCUUGAUAUGGAUCACAGAAUGGAACCCAUUGCAGCAUGCAGUGGCUUCUGCAUUCCUAGCUGUACUUUACAGCGAUUACAUGCUCACUUCGCAAACCGAAACACUAUAUUGCAGUGGGAAUCCAUACAAGCCAGACGAUCUUCGCAACUUCGCUAUUUCCCAGGCAGAUUAUGUUCUGGGAGAAAAUCCCAUGAAGAUGAGCUAUCUUGUUGGUUAUGGUAGUAGGUACCCCUUUUAUGUACACCAUAGGGGAUCUUCAAUUCCGGUGAAUGCCGACACCAGCUGCCAAGACGGGUUCAAAUGGCUUUAUUCAGAUGACCCGAAUCCAAAUAUAGCUGUUGGAGCACUUGUUGGCGGCCCUUCUUUGAAUGAUUCCUAUUCUGAUACUCGAGACAAUGUGAAACAGAGUGAACCAAGCACGUAUAACAGUGCCCUCCUCGUUGGCCUGCUUUCUGGCCUCAUCUCAACUUCGUCUGUGGUUAAAUCUUAUACAUAG